GACGAAGGCUACACACCCAGCAGCAGGCCGUCCAUGUCAAAGAUGAGCUCACGUGACUGGACUUUACACUCAUUUACUGAUAAUACGGGCACAGCCAUCUUGUUUGUAAACUAGAGGCAGAAACAGAAACAAUUCCAUGCUGCAAGGGUGCUCUUCAUGUGGAUUUUAGGAAGUACAAACCUGUAUUUGGGUGUUCAGUCCCUGUCAGACUAGCAGCUGAUGCUGUUCUAAUACCUGGAGAACCACAGUAGCCAGCGGGGGAAGCACUGCAUAUUGUUGCCUGGUGGAAACCUUACUUGGCGGGGAGAGAAGUCAAGCAGGGAGGAACGGCAGCAGCAGCAGUAGUGAUGGAGCAUUAGUGGAAACAGCAGCACCUGGGCAAGCAGAACUGAAUGAAACAAGCAGCUGCAUCCGAGAGGAAGAAGAUGGGACUUCUUUUAUUUUUAAUGAUUUUCCAGUGUGCCAUAAAUAGUGUCAAUACCUACAGUGUUUCAAAUCCCAAUGUCGUUUUACUGAUAGCUGAUGAUCUUGGUAUUGGAGACCUGGGAUGUUAUGGGAACAGAACUUUAAGAACACCUAAUAUUGACAGGCUAGCAAAAGAAGGAGUGACACUUACUCAGCAUUUAGCUGCGUCACCACUGUGUACUCCAAGCAGGGCAGCUUUCCUGACAGGGAGAUACCCUAUCAGAUCAGGAAUGGCUGCUUUUUCACGAGUUGGUGUCUUCCUAUUUUCUGCUUCUUCUGGUGGACUUCCUUCUGAAGAAAUAACAUUUUCCAAACUCCUGAAGCAAAGAGGUUAUGCAACAGCUCUAAUAGGAAAGUGGCAUCUUGGGAUGAACUGUGAAAGCAAUAAUGACUUCUGUCACCACCCCCUCAGUCAUGGAUUUGAUUACUUUUAUGGGCUUACUGUGACCAACCUUAGAGACUGCAAGCCUGGCCAAGGCAGCGUGUUUUUAAAAGGGGUUCAGAGGUACCUUGUCAUCCUAAUCCAAAUCCUUGGAGUCACCGUGGUCUCAUUGGCAGUAGUGCAUUAUAUUGGCUUCUUCAAAGUACCUUUCCAAGCACUAGGCAUCUGUCUGUUAAUAACCUGUAUUUCACUUGCAGUUUUGAUUUUUUUCUUUUAUCAUUUCCGACACCUGAACUGCUUUUUAAUGAGGGACCAUCAGAUAAUCCAGCAGCCAUUAUCCUAUGAGAAUCUUACUCAGAGGCUGACAACAGAAGCUGUACGGUUUAUAGAAAGGAACCAUAAUGCACCAUUUCUUCUUGUCCUGUCUUAUCUUCAUGUCCAUACUGCUCUAUAUGCUUCAAAAAUGUUCAGAGGAAAAAGCAGGCAUGGAUUAUAUGGAGAUGCUGUAGAAGAAAUGGAUUGGAGUGUAGGACAGAUUCUGGAUGUGCUGGAGAAUUAUAAUCUGAGCAACAGAUCUCUUGUAUACUUUUCAUCUGACCAAGGGGCUCAUAUUGAAGAAAUCUCUAGUUCUGGAGAAGUCCAUGGAGGUUGCAACGGUAUAUAUAAAGGUGGAAAAUCAACUAACUGGGAAGGAGGUAUUCGUGUGCCAGGGCUUCUCCGUUGGCCUGGAGUAAUUCAGGCUGGCACUUAUAUUGAUGAUCCAACGAGUAACAUGGAUAUUUUUCCUACCAUUGUCAAACUUGCUGGGGCACAGUUACCCUAUGACAGAAUUAUUGAUGGACAUGAUCUGAUGCCUUUACUUCAAGGAAAAGUUAUACGGUCGAAGCAUGAAUUUCUCUUCCAUUACUGUAAUGCAUAUUUAAAUGCAGUGCGCUGGCAUCCAGGAAACAGUGAAUCCGUCUGGAAAGUCUUUUUCUUCACUCCAAACUUCACUCCUGAGGAUUCCAAUGGUUGCUAUGACUCUCAUGUUUGCUUCUGCUAUGGAAGUUUCAUCACAUACCAUGAUCCCCCACUGCUCUUCGAUCUCUCCAGGGACCCUGAAGAGAAAGUCCCACUGACCCCAGAAACAGAGAGCCGGUUCUAUGAAAUUCUCAGUGUCAUACAGCUAGCAGUAGAUAACCACACCAGAUCGCUUCAAGUUGUCUCUGACCAGCUGUCCUGGAACAAUCUUGUCUGGAAGCCAUGGCUACAGCUGUGUUGCUCAUCCUUCUUUCAGUUUUGCUACUGUGACUAUGACUCAGAAAACAGCCUGUCAGAGGUUGCUAGUGGAAGGUCAUUCUUGUGUUAAUUCUAAGCAACAAGGUUAAACAAAUAGAUUCCCCCACACUCAGAUGUGCUGAAACAGAAGAUCUCAGGGGUAGUUUCAGAAAAAUUCACAAUCAGUCUUGAAGUCCCCCUGGAUUCUGGGACAAGGGACAACUUCCAUGGUCAUCAAGAACAUCUAUGAUGGGGUCAGUGGCCUCUCACAUAAAAGAUACAAGAUAGCAAGCAGCCAUAUACUUCUUCCUGG